CAACCCAAAGAAAUUAAAAACAACAUGAAGUAAAUUGUACAUGUAUGUUUACAAAUUUAGGUUAUCACUAUCAGACAAUUAUAUAAAGUAAGCUGUUUCGAUUAGUGUUUCUCGUAAAAAGUAAAGAAGAUGUGGGUUUACAGAUCGAUUGUGCGAUCUAGUCCAAGUAGACACGCUAUCGCACGAACUGUUCAGUGGACGAGACAUUUAUGUGAUGCUCAAAAGUUGUCACAAACACAGCCCAAUAUAAUUUUGAUGGGAAGCCCAGGUUGCGGUAAAACGACGGUUGGCAGGAUACUUGGUGAGCGGUUGCAACUUCCGGUACUCGACGUCGACGAUCACCACCUUGAGCCAUACUGGGGCGUCAGCGUUGCGCAAAAGCUUUCAGAGGUCGGCUCGGAGGGAUUUGUUGCGGCCGAGGGCGAGGCGUUGAAGGCAUUCUGUCCCCAGGGGUCCGUCAUCUCACUUACUGGGUCCAACCCAAUGCAUGCAGAGGCGAUGGAACAUAUAUCGAAAACAGGAAGGGUGUACUUUAUGGAUGUUCACAAGUCGGACAUACUGGAACGACUGGAGCGGAUGAAGGUUAGCAGGAUUGUGGGACAGAACGAUGGCACGAGCAUGGCGGAAAUCUUAGACUUCCGGCAACAGUUCUACGAGCGCUGGUAUGACGAGAGAAUCAUCUGCGAGCGUCUUGAAUCACCGGAAAACGUGGCAGAUAAAGUUCUAGCCUGUAUAGCUAAACUCCAAAACCCAAAAGCGAAGGGCUACGAAUCCACGCGAGGUUUCAACUUGGAAUGCAGUACCUUUAAUGACGCACUGCUUCAAGGACUGGCCCCAGAUGGUGGACUAGUUGUGCCGCGCGCUGCCGUUCCGUUUUUCACAUUGGGCCAAUUGGACAGAUUAAUAGAACUGUCUUAUCCAGAGCGCGUUCUACGAGUGCUUGAAAGGUGGAUUCCGUGUAACGAAAUCUGUCCCAGCCGACUAAGUGAGAUGAUCCAUGCUGCGUAUGGCGGGGCUGUCUUUCAGGACGCCGCCGUCUGCCCGGUGCGACCGUUGACCGGAAGUGAUGGUCAGUUCAUACAGGAGCUCUUUCAUGGACCGACCGCCUCGUUUAAAGACUUUGCUUUACAGCUAAUGCCGCGAAUGUUCCUCAAUGCAGCUUCGGAAUGCACAGAGAAGCACAAGUACCUCAUUCUGGUGGCCACAUCCGGGGACACCGGUGGCGCUGUGCUCGAUGGAUUUACACGCGUCACUGAGAAAGCUGGGUCACAUAGUCCGGGCGUUCUUGUGUUGUACCCACGGGAUGGAAUCAGCAGCAUUCAACGUGAUCAGAUGGUGUUUUACCAUGGCAACCGUGCGCGUGUCAUCGGUGUUGAGGGGGCGGAUUUCGAUGCCUGUCAAACCAUGGUGAAGAAAAUAUUUCAAAACGUGGAUAUUAACAAAACAUUGUUAGAUAAAUACCAGGUCAAACUGAGUGCUGCCAACUCGAUCAGCUGGGGUCGCCUUCUACCACAGGUCGCCUAUCACGUAUCGUCUUACCUUGACCUUGUUAAAAAGAAGGUCAUCGCCAUGGGCAACCAGAUUGACCUUUGUAUUCCUACGGGUAAUUUCGGCAACAUACUUGCAGCGUAUUAUGCAAAGGAAAUGGGCGUGCCAAUUAAGCGACUGGUGUGUGCCUCUAAUUCUAACAAUGUUCUCACCGACUUCCUGUCGUCUGGUUGCUAUGACAUCACCAAGCGGCGUCUGCAGCAGACGGUGUCGCCUGCCAUUGACAUUCUGGUGUCAUCCAAUCUGGAGAGGCUUUUGCAUCACGUGACAAACAGAGAAUGUGCUAUGGUCCGCGAGGUUUUUGAACAGCUUCGCGACAACAAAGUCUUUUCAGUCCCAAAGCAGGUGGCGGAAUCGCUUCAUGGAAUGUUCUCAGCGGGCUGGGCUACAGAUGAAGACUGCAAAGCAGCUAUCAAAACAACGCGGGAGAAGUCAAAUUACCUUCUGGAUACACAUACGGGCAUCGCCAAAUCCGUUGCGGACCGUUUCCAAGGUGACCGACCAAUGGUGAUCGUAGCAACAGCACAUCCGGCCAAGUUCGCGCACGAUAUACUGGCCUCUUUUGGCCGCCAAAUUAAUCACAGAACCCCGGUGGACUUGAUACGGGGAAUAGCAGACGAGGCGGCGUUGCCAGGUUUACACGAGGCGUUGCUAAAAACGUUAUCGAGUGCAGACGAUAAACCAAAGUUAACGUGCGAAAAUAACAUUGGGCAUGUACUUAAGCAAGUCACAGAUCUAGCAAGAUGUUUGUAAUAACCGUGCUGUACCAUGUACAAUCCAAUUAUAAAUAUUUUUAUGAGCGAAA